CACCAGCACCACCCCCCGCCUCUUCUCCAAGAUAGACCACUUUGGCACGGCUCCUUUGCUGUGUAACCCUAUGCCAUCCAGAGGGGUCGACACACACAAACACAGAGACCCCUCCAGCAGAGCUUUUGUGCUUUAACAGCCUCUGAGACACAGAGGAGACCUUUAGGACUGGAGCUGUAGCGGGGCAUGUUUUAUUUUGGGCAGGGAGCAUCAGUCUCUCCCACUCCCUCCCUCCCUUGGAAGGGAAGAGUCCAGGCAAGGAUGCAGAGACUGGUUUUUAAACACGCGGAGCUGAGAGCAACAAGCUGCAGCCUUUAACCAUUCAGCAACAUUCAACAGGGGGUCAAGAUGCUGAUAACUGUGACGCCACCCCACGAGCCGGCCUCCCUUCACUCACAGGCUCCGCCCCCUCCUAUUCUACCAAAGCCUGGAAUGGACAAUCUUAAAUUACAGAGACUCUUGAAAAAAGCAGCCAAGAAGAAAGCAACGUUAUCAGCACAGCAAGCCGCAUCAUUCCGGACCAGCCUCUCCCCUGUGAGUGAAGCCAGCCCAGACUUGGAGCACAACGACCGCUCUUCCCCACGGAAGCAUACAGAAACCACGACACAGAUCACCAUCAACCUCCCUCCCCGCUUUUCCAUCAAGCCCGUCACCCACCAUGUCUCGUCUCCCUUCCCUAAAGGAAAACCCUUCACAUUCACCGCUGCAGAGCAGAGGAGCAUCUCGGAGCAUCUCAAACUCACCAUCUCGCCCGUCCCGUCGCCAUUUCAUAGACAGAGCACUCCUGAGCCUUUGUGGCAACCCAGAGGAGACACACACUUGCCCUCUUCGAGUGCCACACAUUCUGUGUUCAUUUUCCCCGAGCACCCCAUUUCCCCCACACCUGUGGUGGUGGAGACCCCAGCGGCAGUCACCCAUGUAACUGAAACACACGCCUACAUUCACAGCAUGCAGGCACCGCGGGCGAAGACCCCCGUGUUGGAACAGUCAGCAGAGUCUCCCCAGAGGCCCACCACACCUACCCAUUUGCAGACAAAUCACUCGCACCCGCCACCAAGCCAGGCGCCAGCCACGCCCUUUGCAAGCCAAGCCAGGCCAAUUACUCCUAGACUAGAGAUGACUCCAGCCCCUGAGCCUCCCGUCACGACAGUGAAAACUGCAAUACUGCAUGUCCCCAGACAGCACAUAGUGGUCACAUCCCCAACUCCUCAGUUCACAAGGCCUGUGACUCCAGGAAGCAACAGAGACCUUGAACCACACGGUGAGGCCCAGAGGCAGCCAAGUCCCAGCGCCCCCCAGAAGCCCACCAUGCCAGAGGUAGUUACAUUUGCUCCACCAGCUGUUGGCACCCAUGCUCUCUCGCCAGAAAACAGGGCUGACAAGCAGACUGUAUUGCCACAGGCACCUGCGGUUUCUCCAAGCACCGCAGGCCCCUUACCAAAGCCUAAGCCACCAGUCCCUCCCAGAAGCAAACUUAGUGGCUGGUCUCGCCUCAAAAAGCACCUGGUCGUGGAGUCAGAAGAGCCCCAGUUUCCAGUCUCAGAGGCCGAGCCAGCCAAGCCUGAGCAGGUGGGAGAAAAGAAAGCGACAGAAGCCUCUCAAGAGGGCCCUGGCCAGAGAGCAACCAAGUCCAGAGCUGUCAAGAUGUGGGAUGCCAUCUUGUAUCAGAUGACCAUCAGCAAAGAGAAAAAGCAGGCAGCAGAGGAAAAGGAAGUCAGGAGAGAAGGAAUGUUCUCGUUCCGGCGGCGUCUGCCCCUUCUCCUCCACAGGCCGCGCUUUGACGCCCGGAAGCUGAAAGAGCUUGCUUCCAAACCCAUGACAAAGAUCACUACCCUGUUUGAGGUGCGCCGAAUCCAAGGCCAGCCGCCCGAAGCACUGAUGAGUUUCAACAGGGCUCCAUCGGGGUGGCAACUCGAAGGGAAACAAUGAAUGAAUCUGCAUUCCCCUUAAAGGCUUCUUUUGGAGGAUGCAUCCUGAGCUGGGAGGAGCUGAAAUAAAUACACGAGUUUGCCAAAGGAGGAAUCGCGCAAAAGGAAAAUUAAUAAAAUCCGUCACAGGGUUGCUGUUUGUGUACCUGCGUGUAGUGGCCAUAAGUAAGUGAGAAAGGAACAUGAGGUGGACACCUCUUUCCCCUCAAGUCUUAUUUUCGUAAGGCAUUCAGUUUCAAGUUGAGCAGCAAAUUAAAAGCAAAGACCAAUAGUUUUAAAGGCUCUCAAAGGCAGUUUUAUACAGUUGAAUCAACUGUGUAAUAUUUCUUAAUAACAAGGCAGCACUCAGCAAUGUGCGUUUAAGGCUGCCAUAUAGUCUUUAGGCAAAAUACACUCAAACCACAACUUCAAACCAUCACAAGGAGUUCAAACUAGAUUCAGAGCCCAAAGUCCUGGAGAUUACAAAGGACUGAUACACAGAAUGAUGUUGCCUGGCAGCCCUCCUCAGAGACUGCAUUUCAUAAUUCCAUCACCUGGAAUUGUGCUCUGCUCUGCCCAUUCAUAGAUUCAGCCUCUCAAACACUGAUCUCAACAGCCUCCCUUGCAGAUCCUAAUGGCACUGGCAAGUUCAUACAAACAGGGUCUCCUUAAGGCACCCAAGGAUCCAAGACAUUCAGAGGUUCCCAGGUCAGAACCAACACGAUGAAUUGCAUUCACACAGGCAGGCGGUGUAGAUACCACAAGAACUGGUCUGUAAUAUCUUCCCUGAGCCCCAGAAAUGGGCAGGGGUAUUCCACAGCAGCUGCAGGUUCUACGCACUCUUCAAGGGUGAUGCCAUGCAAAAACACAUUGCAAUAGAUCCAUUUGUGGUGUUAGCUGAGACAUAAGAUGACCGACCAUGUCAAGAUCUUUGUCCACUAGGAAGUGGCACAGUAUGAGACAAAAUAUGUU